AUGGAGGCACUCCCACAAGCUGAUGGCGAAGGUCUUUCCUCUUCAGGCGUUAUGCGGAUGAGGAUUCUCGGCCCUGGUGGUGGAGAAAUGGUGAUGAUGCGACUCGCUGGGUUCUCGUUGAAAUGGACUCUCCUAAUGAUCCUCGGAGAGGGAGUUGCGGCAUCUGCCAUCUUUCGUUGCUGGGGCUGGUCUAGUGUGGCGGGUGAGGAGAGUCCCGAAGUUUUCCCGGUGGUCGGUAUUUAUAACCGCCGAUCAGACUCACGUGCCAUUCACUGUCACCUAAUGGAAAGUUGUCUUCCAGACCUCCUGUCAAUAGGCAAUCCCGGAACCACUCCUCACUUCUCACACAAGAGUAAACACAAUGGUAAAUCUGCCCUCUUCAAUUUCACUUCAGCCUUGCUCUGCCUCCUGCUCCUCAUUUGUACGAGCACGUACAUCCACCAGCUCUUCCCGGGUAUCAUGGACAGAAAUAAGGAUGGGGCUUUUACCGGUGUUUUCUGGAAGUGCGCGAGGGUAGGGGAGCGAUUAAGUCCCUACAUAAGUGUAUGCUGUGUUUUGAUGGCUGUUUCUCUCACCAUGGGCAACUGA